AUGCAGAAGAGCGUGCGGUACAACGAGGGGCACGCCCUGUACCUGGCGCUGCUGGCCCGCAAGGAGGGCACCAAGCGGGGCUACCUGAGCAAGAAGACGGCGGAGACCAACCGCUGGCACGAGAAGUGGUUCGCCCUCUACCAAAACGUGCUCUUCUACUUCGAAGGCGAGCAGAGCGCCCGGCCCGCCGGCAUGUACAUGCUGGAGGGUUGUAACUGCGAGAGGGUGCCGGCUCCCAAGGGCUGCGCUGCCAGCAGCGCCAAGGAUGCUGCGCUGGACAAGCAGCAUUACUUUACUGUUCUUUUUGGCCAUGAAGGGCAGAAGCCACUGGAGCUCCGUUGUGAGGAUGAAGUUGAUGGUGAUGAAUGGGUAGAAGCUAUUCAUCAAGCUAGUUAUUCAGAUAUUCUGAUUGAAAGGGAGGUGUUAAUGCAGAAGUACAUUCAUCUUGUCCAGAUUGUGGAGACUGAAAAGAUUGCAGCCAAUCAGCUUCGACAUCAGCUGGAAGAUCAAGACACAGAAAUUGAAAGGCUUAAAUCUGAGAUUGUUGCUCUCAAUAAGACAAAAGAAAGAAUGCGACCUUAUCAAGGCAACCAGGAAGAUGAAGAUCCAGAUAUAAAAAAAAUUAAGAAGGUCCAGAGCUUUAUGCGAGGCUGGUUAUGUAGAAGAAAAUGGAAAACUAUUGUCCAAGAUUAUAUUUGUUCUCCUCAUGCAGAAAGUAUGAGAAAAAGGAAUCAGAUAGUUUUUAACAUGGUGGAGGCUGAAUCUGAAUAUGUGCAUCAACUUUAUGUUCUUGUGAACUGUUUUCUGCGGCCCUUAAGAAUGGCUGCAAGUUCAAAGAAGCCACCUAUCAGUCAUGAUGAUGUUAGUAGCAUUUUCCUCAACAGUGAAACAAUCAUGUUUCUUCAUGAGAUAUUUCACCAAGGCUUAAAAGCAAGAAUAGCUAAUUGGCCUACCUUAAUCCUAGCUGAUUUAUUUGACAUUCUGCUGCCAAUGCUGAAUAUAUAUCAAGAAUUUGUUCGGAAUCAUCAAUAUAGUCUGCAAGUGCUGGCAAACUGUAAGCAAAACAGAGAUUUUGACAAACUCUUGAAGCAAUAUGAAGCCAACCCAGCAUGUGAGGGGCGGAUGCUGGAAACCUUCCUUACUUACCCCAUGUUUCAGAUUCCUAGAUAUAUUAUAACACUUCAUGAACUUCUGGCUCACACACCACAUGAACAUGUUGAGCGAAAAAGCCUUGAAUUUGCUAAAUCUAAACUGGAAGAACUUUCAAGGGUGAUGCAUGAUGAAGUGAGUGACACAGAAAACAUCCGGAAGAAUCUGGCCAUAGAAAGAACAAUAGUAGAAGGCUGUGAUAUAUUGUUAGAUACCAGCCAAACUUUCAUACGCCAAGGUUCCCUUAUUCAAGUCCCUUCAGUUGAGAGGGGAAAGCUUAGUAAAGUUCGUCUGGGAUCACUGUCUCUGAAGAAAGAAGGAGAAAGGCAGUGCUUCUUAUUUACUAAACAUUUUUUAAUUUGUACAAGAAGUUCAGGAGGAAAACUGCAUCUUCUUAAGACAGGAGGUGUUCUGUCUUUGAUAGAGUGCACCCUGAUUGAAGAGACAGAUGCGAGCGAUGACGACUCAAAAGGUUCUGGACAAGUGUUUGGACACCUGGAUUUCAAGCUUGUGGUUGAACCAACAGAUGCUCCUUCUUUUACUGUUGUCCUUUUAGCCCCAUCAAGACAGGAGAAAGCUGCAUGGACAAGUGAUAUAAGUCAGUGCAUUGACAAUAUAAGGUGCAAUGGUUUAAUGACCAUAGUAUUUGAAGAAAACUCUAAAGUCACAGUGCCACAUAUGAUCAAGUCUGAUGCUCGUCUCCACAGGGAUGACAUUGACAUCUGCUUCAGCAAAACACUGAAUUCCUGCAAAGUACCCCAGAUCCGCUACGCGAGCGUGGAGCGCCUUCUGGAGCGGCUGACAGACCUGCGGUUCCUGAGCAUUGAUUUCCUGAACACUUUCCUCCACACCUACCGCAUAUUUACCACAGCAGCUGUUGUCCUGGAAAAGCUUUCGGACAUAUACAGACGGCCCUUCACUUCCAUUCCUGUCAGGUCUUUGGAGUUAUUCUUUGCUACCAGUCAAAACAACAGAGGAGAGUACCUGGUUGAUGGGAAGUCACCACAUCUCUGUCGCAAGUUUUCUUCUCCUCCUCCGCUGUCUCUCUCCAGAACUUCCUCACCUGUCAGAACCCGAAAACUGUCGUUGACCUCACCACUGAAUUCAAGGAUCGGUGCCCUUGACCUCUCUGCUUCUUCUGUGGCAAGCAGUCCUACCUCGUCCUACAGCCCAGCCACCUCCCCCCCGCCAACAGGUAGCAAAGUACCACUGGACCUUAGCAAAGGGCCCUCCUCUCCUGAGCAAAGCCCUGGCACCAUAGAGGACAGCUUGGAGAACCCUCGCGUUGAUCUCUGUAACAAGCUGAGGAGAAGCAUUCGAAGAGCAGCAGUCCUAGAAUCUGUGUCAGUGGACCGGACUAUUCCUGAAAGCACCUCAGCAGGGGACACCACAGAGCUUUCCCCAUGUAGAUCCCCUUCAACACCACGUCAUCUCCGCUAUCGUCAACCAGGAGUACAAGCUGCUGACAAUAGCCACUGCUCAGUUUCUCCUGCUUCUGCUUUUGCUAUUGCUACAGCUGCAGCAGGGCAUGGGAGUCCACCAGGAUUCAACAGCUCUGAGCGCAUGUGUGACAAGGAGUUCAUCAUACGCAGAGCGGCCACCAACCGCGUCCUGAACGUCUUGCGCCACUGGGUCUCCAAGCAUUCCCAGGAUUUUGAGCUGAACAAUGAGCUGAAAAUGAAUGUGUUAAAUUUGCUGGAAGAAGUUUUGAGAGACCCUGACCUUCUGCCACAAGAAAGGAAAGCUACUGCAAAUAUACUGAGGGCUCUCUCUCAGGAUGAUCAAGAUGAUACCCAUUUAAAAAUAGAGGAUAUAAUUCAGAUGUCAGAUUGUCCAAAACCAGAGUGCUUUGAGACUUUGUCGGCCAUGGAGCUUGCAGAGCAAAUAACUCUUUUAGACCACGUAGUUUUCCGAAGCAUCCCCUAUGAAGAGUUUCUUGGGCAGGGCUGGAUGAAAGUGGAUAAAAAUGAGAGAACUCCUUAUAUUAUGAAAACUAGUCAACAUUUUAAUGAUAUGAGUAACCUGGUUGCCUCCCAGAUCAUGAAUUACACUGAUGUCAGCUCCCGGGCUAACUCGAUUGAGAAGUGGGUGGCAGUAGCUGAUAUUUGUCGAUGUAUGCACAAUUAUAAUGGUGUGUUAGAGAUCACCUCAGCCUUGAACAGAAGUGCAAUCUACAGACUUAAGAAAACUUGGGGUAAAGUAUCCAAACAGACAAAAGCUCUCAUGGACAAGCUUCAGAAGACUGUGUCAUCUGAAGGAAGAUUUAAAAACCUUAGAGAAACACUCAAAAAUUGUAACCCACCUGCCGUUCCCUAUCUUGGAAUGUACCUGACGGACCUGGCAUUUAUUGAAGAAGGAACACCAAACUUCACUGAGGAAGGCCUUGUCAAUUUUUCCAAAAUGAGAAUGAUCUCACAUAUUAUCAGGGAAAUACGCCAGUUCCAGCAGACCUUCUACCGCAUCGAGCAUCAGCAGAAGGUCACUCACUAUUUACUUGACAAGACACUCAUCAUAGACGAAGAUACCUUGUAUGAGCUUUCCCUGAAGAUUGAACCCAGACUCCCCGCCUGAAGAGCCAGCUUUGCCUCAAAGUCUACAGAAAGCUUUAGUACAAUGAACAAAGUCAUGCAUGCCAAGUCCUAAAGACAGCAAGGGAAAUACUGAGAAGAAAGCAAACUCUCUUCUCCAAUAAGGGAUACAAAGCCUCACAGCAUUCCCCUGUCAGGCAACAAACAUGAGCAUUGGAUGUGGAAGACAAAGGUGCUUCCUACCUGGAUCAAAUUAUUGCUGCUUUGCAAAGAUAAUGUUUUGCAGUAGGGACUAUGCAUUUAAUGGAAAAUAGGAGACUUUAACUGUGAAUGGGUACUCAUUGUAGCCAUCUUACAUGACAAAUUAAGAGGACAGACUCAAAUGGUGGUAAUAUACUUGGUUAUAUUAAGAUAAAUGUGCAAAGUGAGAUGGCUAUGAUGUGAUCUGGGUUGAUGGCAAACUACAUGUUCACUGAGGCAGUAAUGGUAGUCCUAAUAUUGUGCUAACUUCAUUGAAAAACAGGAUAUUAGCAGUCAUCUGCCAUCUUGGAAUGACAUUAAGGUAGCAUCCAGUAUCUUCAGACCUGCAGUUGUUCAAAAUAUUUGCUAUUCAUUUAAUGCUAUCCUUUAUAAAGCGUUAUAUUCUUUAAAUGUCUUGUCAGCCUUUUCUAAGGUGACUUAUUUUUACCUGUAAAUUAAUUGUAAAUAUUUUUUCAUUAACACACAAUUAGAGUAUUUACAGCAUGGAAAGCAAUCAAAUUGAAUAGCUGUAAAUAGUUGCCAGCCUUGCAAGCUUCAGCUGGGAAAUACAAGGUUAUGAGCUAUACCUGAGACUCAAGAAAUAUGGAUGUACAGUGAAUGGGAUGGUUAAUCAUGUUGCACACAGCCCUGGAAAAGGCACUUUAUUUUUCUGCACCUCCUGCAGCUUCUGUGACAAGUCAGGAUAAAGAGCACUUUCUGGACACACUGUGGAGAGAAACAUGUCUGGUCUGGCAAUGGGCAGUGAUCAGCAAUGAACACUAAGAGCUGGAGUGACAGUUUCAUUCUACAUGGAACCAGUGGUUGGUUUGUUGUUGUUGUUGUUCAGCCAUUUGGCACUGACUUAGCUCUAAAAUUAUUCACAUCAGUGGCAAACUUUGAAUGCCAGCAAACACAAACUAUGUAUUUCAUCUGAGCUAGUAAUUAUCGUUUGCAUAUGGGCAUAUGUUUAAGAAAAUGUGCUAUUUGUAAACAUUUUCCCAGCUUAUGCUUUUGUGACAUACCAGGUAGACAGAUGUCAUUUCUACAGCUAGUUGGUACUUCCUAAAUUUUCCUGAUCAAGAGUGGCCUGUUGUAGCUGUGUGGAAAGUGAGCUCAAAAGCAUGCUGUGAAGUGCAUCACAGUAUAAAAUGCGGGUUUUAGCACUGUUGGGAAAAAAUUGGCUGGAAAAGUGUCCUUACUUUUCCAAUGAUACUCAGCCAGUUGAAGAUGUAGGGCUAUAUCACUGUAAUACCUCCCUUAAAUCCUCUCAGGGAGAUUGAUGUUUAAAAAAGAUUGUGACCUAGGCCUAUUUGAUCUGACAUUUCUUAGCACAGUCAUGAUGCUUCUUACUGCUAGUGAUGAAAAACGGAUCUGCCUGGCUUGUGGGUUUUGUCUUUAUUUGCACUUUAAUUAUUACUGGCCCAGCCCAGAGCUGCACAAUAAACUCCAUUUGUUCUGUCUGAGUGUAACUGCUAGCAUUUAUAAAUGUACCUUAGCAACUGUAAAUUUCAUUAAGGUUCCUCACCACAAGGACCAUCUCUUUGUAAAUAACUGCAUGAGGAAGCAUCGCAAGUACUGGAAAAUUCCUCCAUUAGAAAAUCAGACAGAAAGAUAAAAGGAAGUUCCAGAAACAUUAAAAAAAAUUAGUUCUGGCUAAUUAUUGCUGUAGAAAUGAACAUGGAAAAUGUUACUUAUAGAAGCUUUAUAUUGUCAAAAAUGUGCUUGUUCUUUUCACUAAUGACUGACAGGAAGAUGAUUGCAUCCAAGUGCAUGAAAUGAAAAAAAAAACAAAACAAACAACAAAAGAGCAUGAUUUCUUUGGACCACAAAACCAACUUACUGCGUAUUUUCUGUACAAGAGCAGUUACCAUAUGGUAGUUUCAUAACACACUUUGAAGUAAUGAAGGCAUGAGGGAAAAGUGGUCCAAACAGUGAUUUCUUAACUUGCUUUUAGUGUUUCUCUGUUAACAAAGAAACUGUGUAACAACUGUCAGUGUCAGUUGGCAUCUCUGUUGUGUGCUAAUAACUGCUGCUUUAUCUGCCUGUACCCCAUUUUACCAAACUUCCUCGAUGUUCUUAGGGUUACAGGGUACCAUUCUUCAUCUUAUUCUUCCCACAGUUUGUUGUUUUGUACUUUGUGUGUGUGUAUCGGUUUCUUCGGAGUUUGAAAACACUCAAUGCAUUUUAAGGGUUGCAAUAUGCAGGGUUGGUGCUGUGCUCGUGCUGUGGUAUUACAAAUGGACAGAGAGGAACACAGAGGGUUAGACAUGGGGGUUUUUCAAAGGUGCUGACCGUCCAUGUGUUAAAAUCACUAGACAAUGUGGUUAUUCAGCCCCUCUGGAAAAGCAUUUACUAUUUAUAUGCCAAAAGUUACCUCGUUGGUCACAAUUUAGAUUAGAGGUCAUGGUUACAGUAAUGUUUGAUUAGGUGAUGACUAAUCGUAAUCUUUUGGCUGGGUAUACAAUGUGUUCAUUGGUGACUACUCAAAGUGUAACGCAUCUUGUUACUCACAACCCUAAGCCAGGGCUGCUGCCCUAACCAAGGCUGGUAGCAGUGGCUCUGCAGAAAUCCCACACAGUGAGUGCAGAGCCCUGUGUCUGCCCCACAGUUGGUUGAUGAACUUCACCCGUAAGUGGCCCGAGUGCUUCUGCUAGUCCUGCUGCAGUGUUUGAGCUGUGGCAACAGUUAGUGGGCAGCAGUAACCUGCUAUAUGUGAGGCUUUGCCUAAUAGUACAUCUGUGUAACCAGCUAGAGCAGUGACCUCCCUGUACAGUGCACAGGGGUUGUGGAGCUCCUUGCUACCAGCUUCUCUGUGCCAUUCCACCCCAGCCAUAUAAUAAGUAGAGACGGACAUCCCAGUCAUCAAACACCCACUGUUUGCCUCUGGUGUUUUAAGGAGGAUGUCUCUGGGUGAGGACUUUGUCGUUUGUAUCUUGCUGUCUUUCAGGAUCUUGUCCAUUAUAGCUUUUAUGCCGUGGAAGCAGAGCAGAUUUGCUUUGCUGCAGCUGGAGCUGAAAAAGGGCCAGCUGGUUCAGGAUCUGUAAGAAAGAGAAGGGCUGAAGCGCCUGUUACUUGCCUUUCUUAGCUCCUCAGCCCUGCUGCGCUGGCCAGAUGCAACAGCAGUUCCCAUGUUGGAGGAGCUGCUCCCUUCAGCACUCUCUGGACAAAAACACCUCAGCGUGUCUGGGCUGGCCAGCUGCCAUGGGGAUAGCACAUUUCACCUGCUGCUUCAGCAGCAGGCACCUUUGCCAGCAAAGUCCGAGCGGAGUCUUGCAGUAUUUUUUUAUUGCGUAAGUAGCAGCCUGGAUUCAGCCCAUAGUUAUCUGGGAAGCUGGGCAGCAGCACAGACAUGUCCCCUUCCAUAUGACAGAGGGCACUUGUCACACGCUGAUACAGGGUUAGAGUUGCCUUCACCCCAGCCUUCACUCCCCCUAUCCCUUUCCUCCUCCCGCUAAAUUCACCGGUUUUGGUAGUGGACUGAGCCCGUGAUUAAUCAUCACGUGGAAGAAAACACAGAUCCGUUGAAUUUACAGUGGCAGCAGGUGUGUAUUCUGUCCCUGUCUUUUGGCUAGUCCUGUAACACACAAACACGUAGCUUAGUAGUGAGAGAAGAUACUGGGACUGAUCACCCUUAUUUAAAAGUGAGGAAGAGGUCUCCAUCCUCUUUCUGCUUUCCUAGUUCUUCAUGCUGACUAUUGUUUUGUAGGAUUAAAAUGAACUUAACUAUUUAAGGUAUUUAUUAACUUUAACCACAUUGAUUUUUAUUUCAGGACAUGUUCCCAAAGCUUUACUUCAUAAUAAUUAUUUAUUUUAAGGGUUUUACAAAAACAUUGUUUUAUUUGUAUGGAUGUUCAGUCUUUCCUCCUUUGAUGCUUUUCAGCAACAUUAGACUUAGAUCUAUGAUUUAAACUUCUCACCGAUAGAGACAUUUUUACCCACUCGUCAUUGUUACUCAUUAAGGGCAAAAUCCUUCAGACCUCAUUCUGAUAAUACCUUAGGCUUCACUGAGAGCUUUUCAUAAGUAAGUAUUUGGGGAUCUGGCUCUCAGCUAUUUGCCUGUUAACAGUUUUUGCCUCCAAAGGUCAAAUGUUUCUCUGUAGGAUGCUUUAUGUCCACUACGCUGCUCAACUAUGGUUGUUCUGUUGUAACUUUACUUUUUUAAUAGUCUCUGAAGUUGUGUUCUUUAGGAGAAUAGAUGUACGUUUAUUUGACAGAUGUACCUAUAUCUAAUACAUUACUUAGUGCACAAUCCAGAUGUUUUUGCAUGUAUUGUAACUUAUCUUUUGACCUGAGGUUAUUGCUUUGUAUUGUUAGUAAGGCAUAUCAGGCAGGGUGUUUUGCCUAUAUGCUAAUAAAACACUUUUUUUUCCUCCUG